AUGUGCACGGUACACAUGACCCCGUUACAGUCAAAGCAAUGUGGUGUUUUUCUUUGCAGAGGAGGUCUCUGCACUCCUCCUUGUGUUUAAUGAAGAAGACGAAGAGUAAAACUCCUGCUGAGCAGCGCUGGAUGCAGCGGCAGCUCAAAGACCCGUAUGUCAAAGCUUCUCACCAACAACACUUCCGCUGCAGGAGCGCCUUCAAGCUGCUGGAGAUAGAUGACAAGUUUCGGAUUUUAAAGCCCGGAUACAGCGUGGUGGACUGCGGAGCGGCACCAGGAGCCUGGAGCCAAGUGGCAGUCCAGAGGGUCAAUUCAGCCGGGACAGCUGCGUCAGCCUGUGAUGCAUCAGACCCAGACUUGCCACGUGGUACCGUGAUUGGCAUCGAUCUGCUGAACAUCCCACCUCUGGACGGUGCCCACUUCCUGCCUAGUCAUGAUGUCACGGACCUCGCCACGCACGCCAAGCUGCUGGAGCUGCUCCCACACAGCCGGGCUCACGUCGUCCUCAGCGACAUGGCGCCCAACGCCAGCGGUUUCAGAGACAUGGACCACGAGAAACUGAUCUUGAUGUGUUUGUCUUUGAUCGACUUGGCUGGGAAGAUCCUACAGCCGGGGGGGUCUCUGCUUUGUAAAUACUGGGACGGGAUCCUCGCUCAUGAACUCCAGGACAAACUCUCCGCUGUGUUCGGAAGUGUUCGGACUUUGAAGCCAAACGCGAGCAGAAAGGACUCAGCUGAGAGGUAUUUCUUAGCUGGAAUGUACAGAAAGCAAGAGAAGAGAUUGUAGUUGCCUGUUUUUUUUUCCACAUGUGUCCCCUCAAAUUAAAAAUAUAGAUGUUUUCUGGAUA